UCGAGUUUGUAACCACACUUCCCCUAGAACCGAACACAUUCGGUUUCUCAGAAGCCACCGUUGAGUCAUCCGAGGAACUCGGGCGGAUUGCCCAUCGGCAUCGAAUGCACCAACAGUUUCUCGCCACAAUUAUUAUAUGGCAUCUCACUUGUAAUUUUUAUCACAUUUUCUUGUAUUUAGAACUUUUAGCUUCUUAAAAGACUACAAUAUAAAAAAAAUACAUCAUCACUUUUUGUUGCAGAGAUUAUUAUACAGCAGAGAAGUACACCUGCUGUCAAUCGACAUAUCUUAUUGUAGAUGAAAUAAAUGAAUUUAACACAAGGCAUACGAAUGGCUUCGAAGAAUCAGUAUUUUUGUUUUUUAAUUAUUUUCCUUCUAAUUUAAUACAGCUGAUUGUUGAAGCAAUGCCCAAAGGCGGAUAGCGAUUACGUCAGAAUUUUAAAGAAACGCCUUAGUUUAGAAUGACUAAAAAUAUACGGUUUAAACAUUUUUCUCACUUAAAACCGAUUGUAGAAGUUAAAUUAAUACUCGAAGAAUCGGAAUAUCGACUAAAACGAAUAAAAACGGUUAAAUUUAUUUCAAAAAAGUUCGUAAAUAAAUCAAAAACCUUGAAGACAAUAUUAGGGUUAAGUAAAGUUGGCGUCCUUUGACGGAAUCACAGGUUAUAUUUAGAUUUGUUAGCCUCACCUUUAGACGACGCAGCUUUCCAUCUCUUGCUGCAUUAAAUACGACUUUUUUAAAUUCCAUUUCUUCAAAAAGUUAACUGAGUUUCCUUCAUAGUUUCUUCUGUUCGCGAUUAUAAGUGACGUCAUAAGCCACCAUUUUGUAAAAAAAUCGUCACUACGCAGUAUCGAAGUAUUCCGGUAGAGGGCGCGCGAGGAAAACACGUGUGUCUCCUUUUAUGAUUAGGAAGUCGAAGUCGUGUAUUUUAGUUGUUUAAAAUGUGAAAUUGGCGCUGAUUUGUUAAUUAUCGAAUUGAAUUUUUUUCUAUACUUAGAUCUUGAAUCAUAAACGACUUUGUAAAUAUGUCUUCUAGAGAAGUUAUCACCUUACAAAUUGGCAAUUAUUCCAAUUUUAUUGGUACUCAUUGGUGGAAUAGCCAAGAAUCAUCAUUUUGCUAUGAAAAGACAGACAGUCAAUCAUUGGAAGUUAAUCAUGACUACCUGUUUCGUGAAGGAGAAAAUCCUAGGGGUGAAGUUACUUAUACACCUCGUUUAAUGUUGAUUGAUUUAAAGGAAAAUUUUAAAACUUUAAAUAAAUGUGGCGUUCUUUAUAAUAUGCCUGUGNUAAAAAUAAAUACACUUAAUGUAAUCAAUAAUGAUUGA